GCAUGUACGAGCGGGGUCUGGGGAACUAUCCAGUACCUUGGUUUUAGGCGUGUAACUUCCCCCUUGCUGACGCCUGCCGUUUCCCCGCACUGGCUUAAUCUACCUCGGGGACUCCCCCUUCGCUCCACGUCCAAUUCUGUCGCUUUGCAGUUCUCUACGUUGCAAUUGUUGCAUUCUAAAAAUUCCAGACGUAACUUGACUCUGUUCCACAAGUUGCCAUCGAAAUGGACGUUUCCACGCCACAGAAUGUUUUCGACGACCGGGAGAAUAAUGCCACGGAGAGCACCGAGAAAACAAAAUCCCAACGGCGCCGUUUAUCGUCUGUGACGAAGUCGCAAGCGAGAACCUCUAAAACCUUGGCAUGCCUAAGUUGUCGUCCCAGAAAAAUCAAGUGCGAGCGUGUGGACGGCGUCUGCGAGAGAUGUCGGAGCCUGGAGAUCCCCUGCACCCUCCCGGAUCGCGAUGAAAGAAGAAUUCGCUAUUCCAAGGAUUAUAUCGUGCAGCUUGAGAGCCAGAUUGCCGACCUCAGGAGCGUAGUGGCAGAUCUGCAACGCCAGGGUCAGCCGCAGCCAUCGCCACACAUACAACCAUCAGCACAACAUAUACCAACACCUACAUUAUCGCAGCCACAGAAGCAGCGGCGAAUGUCGUCGAUGUCUCAGUCGUCGCUUGGACCAAUGGCAAGUCUACAGCAAGCAGGGCCACAGCAGUCGCAAGACUCGGACACUUCGACCUCUCCAUCUAUGGCGACCGAGAUCUCUGGUGUGGCAAUAGCCAAAGUCGGCACGUCUAGUGCCGAAUCUGAGGCUGGCGAAAGCCUCAUCACUCGCUUAUGCGGAGCCCAAGGGCGACUCAACAGCAAAAACGAUGGCCAGCUGCGUUACUUCGGACCAACCUCCAGUCUUCACCUGACCGAAAGUGUCACGUCAAUCUUCCGAUAUUGCAACGAUGUCGCAAAGUUUGGUGCCGAGCUUGAGAAGGACAUUCCCUGGGCAAUGCAACAAUAUCUUCUCGAUUUAUAUUGGAAAUAUCAGCACAACGUCCUGCUUAUUAUCCACAAAGAGGCUUUCCUGGCUGGUAUGGAAAGUGGUCGGUCUCCGUACUACAACAAUUGCCUACUUCUUUGUAUCCUGGUCUCAGCAGCACGCAUCUCCGAUAGCCCUGAGAUCAGAGCUCUAGCAAUUGCCGAAGAAGGCAACACGAACGAGACGCCAAUUCUUAGAAAGCGCGCCGAAGAAGCCUUGGAGAAAGAUCUCCUGAACCCAAGUCUGACAACAAUACAAUCUUUGAUAUUGCUGAGUGUGUUGGAUUGUUGUGUCUCGAAUGACUCCCGGGGGUGGAUGAGAUCAGGCAAUGCUUGCCGGCUGGCAUUCGACCUAGGCCUGCAUCAAGAGUGGUCUCAUUUGCCAAAUUCGCAGCUCUCCCCAAUCGAUCUUGAAGUCCGCCGCGUCAUUUUCUGGGCGUGCUUUGGGUUUGAUAGGCUUUGGGGUGUUUAUCUAGGACGACCGCCGGUCAUCAAGUUGACUGACGUCUUUUUGAAACGUCCAGAUCCGGCAGUCUCUUCAUGGGAUCUAAAGGUCCUUGCGGCGUGGGUGGAGCUGCUCGACUUGGCAGGGCAAGUCAGUGAAAAAUUAAACACCAAUACCUGCUUCCAAGACCAGAUUGACUGUUACAUGGUUGCGUUGCGGAAGUGGGAGUCAAAUCUAGACCCCACUAUAAGCUGGUUUCCGAACGCGCCUCCGGGUUUAUAUCAACUCAGGUACACCUCCUCGUGCACAUUGCCAUAUCUUUACUCACACUCUCGUAACAGGAUUCAACAUUCAGCCUUGGUGAUUUUGCUGAAUCGGCACAAUGCUGGAUUUGGCAACGCCGACAAACGGAACUGCCCAGAAUCAAAUACAUCACGCAGAAAUUGCAUUGAAUGUGCAUUACUAAUCGCAAACCUUGUUCAAGACUACAGUUUGCACCAUGGGAAUCCCAACACGUUGAUGGGAUCUUCACUCUACAACAUAACCAUGGCGGCAACAAUAUUCGUUGCCGAUAUAGCCGAGAAAAAUCGACAAAAUGUCAGCAAAGAACUGACAGCACUUACGGUAUGCCUGGAAGCCAUGAAAAAGAUGGAAAGCGCCGAGAUAGUGGCCCGCAACGUUCGCAAAAUUGUGCAGACCAUCAUGCGGGUUUGCGGCGUGCAAAAUCAGGGUGACCUUACAACCAAUGCGUCUACGGCAAGAUCUUGGCAAACGGGCGUAGUCGUCGAUCUGCCAACAGCUGAAGACCCAAUGACCAGCACCGAGCGAGACAUGAUGGAUUUCAAUUUUGAUCCUUCCAUGCUGGAUGCCCUCCAAUUUCCUUUCGAAGAGGUGUUGUUGGAUCCGCUAUCUGCAAACGACUUCUUACAAUUGUAAUGGUGUUAUAUGUUUUUUGUACAAUACCCCCAUGUUCAAAGUACCGAUGAGAAAGAAAUAAAAGUGUAUCCUUUCAGUGUACGUCAGGC